AAUAAUAAUAUUGUAUGUGGUCGGACACCACAAAUUCAGUUGGAGAGAAAUGAAAGAAAGUCGAUGAAUCGAUCGUGGAAGAAAGCUUUUGUAUGCAAUCUAUCUAAGCAUAACAAAACCCAUUCCUUGUGUUUCCAGUGAAUGGGUAGAUGGAGAGCAGCUGCUUCGCUUCUCUUCACCCACUUAACCAAAACCUCCUUCCCUUCUCUUCCUCCCAAACCUCUUUUCCUAUCCCUUUCUUCAAGCCCUGCUUUCUGUUUUCUCCUUGCAAGACCAUUCUCAGCUCUCCUAUCUCAACUUCCCAUUUAUCCUAGCGAUUCUGAAAAUGGGUCUCCUUGUUUUUCCCAACAAAAUCAUGGGUUUGUUUCACAAGAAGAAGAAGAGGAAAUUGGCAAGAUUCCCAUCAAAGCUUAUUUCCUUUGUACCAGUAUCGAUUUGAAGAGUAUGCAAGCUGAGAAUUUAAGCAACAUCGUACCUCCUCCUUCUCGUUCAUCAAACUAUAUUGCUCUCAGAUAUUGUGAUUUCCCUCCAGGUGUUACUGCACUUGGAAUGAAUGACAAAGUCAGUAGCUGCCGUUACAUGGUCAUUUUUCAGUAUGGUUCUGCUGUCUUGUUUAACAUUGAGGACCGUGAAGUUGAGAGCUACCUCGAAAUAGUUCAGAGACAUGCUUCUGGAUUGCUUCCAGAAAUGAGGAGAGACGAUUACUGUGUAAAAGAGCAGCCACUCUUGGCUAAGGAUAUGCAGGGAGGACCAGACUACAUUGUUGUCAAAACUUUGGACACUGAUAGUAUCCGCAUUAUUGGAAGUGUUCUUGGUCAAAGCAUAGCAUUGGAUUAUUUUGUUUCACAGGUUGAUGGUAUGGUUGAAGAGUUUGCCAAUAUAAAUCGUGCAAUGGAAAAGACAGGAACUUUCACAAUGGAUAGGACAAAGCUCAUUAAACUUGUUGGAAAAGCUAAUUCAAAUUUGGCUGAUGUAAUUCUUAAAGUUGGUCUUUUUGAGAGAUCAGAAAUUGCUUGGAGAGAAGCAAAGUAUGCUCAAAUAUAUGAGUACCUUCGGGAGGAGUAUGAGGUGACACAACGCUUUGGGAAUCUAGAUUUCAAGCUAAAAUUUGUAGAGCACAAUAUUCAUUUCCUUCAGGAAGUUAUCCAAAAUAGACGGUCGGAUCUCUUGGAAUGGUGUAUCAUUUUCUUGUUGGCUAUCGAGAAUAUAAUAGCAAUAUACGAGAUUGUCCUCGAAUCAACCGGAGUUUCUUUUUGAUUUUGUGAGGUAUGGGCAAAUUUAUCAUAGUAGCAAAAGAUCAAACGUUGAAUUCAUAUUUAACAUGUAUUCUUUCUCCGCUAAUUUGGCACAUCAAUCAUUUAAAAUAAAUUCAUUUAUCAGUAGGCAAUAGGCAACCAAGUUUUUAUGUAUCAGAAAUCAAAGCUUAUAGCUAUUGAAUUAUUGAAGCCAUAGCAGCUUUUACUGGCAA